AUGCUUGGUUAUCACGAUUUGGCCCUGGCGCGACUGGACAGGGAAGUCCGCCUUCGAAGCAUCAUCCAACCGGCGUGUCUCCCGACCGACGAGGACAUCCCACCGCCGCAUACCAAGGCCACGGUCGCCGGAUGGGGAACAACUCGCGAAGGGAAAGCGAGCCCGGUCCUGCAGAAAGUCCGCGUCCCACUCAUGGAUCCAUCAAAAUGUGAAAAAUUGGUGAAAAGGUAUAGGCUUCUUAAAGCACUGUAUCCGCGAGGCGUUACGGGGAGAAUCCUUUGUGCCGGUGCCGAAGAGAAAGACUCAUGCAAGGGAGACUCUGGUGGGCCGCUGAUGAUCCGUCGUGCUCAUGACAGUUGUCAAUAUGAGGUAUUGGGGAUUGUGUCGGCUGGGUUGGGUUGCGGACUACCCGACAUACCUGGAUUCUAUACUGAGAUCCCUGCCUACUUGGACUGGAUCGAGGGCAUCGUCUGGGAACGUGAUCCUUGAUUUCAAGCGAGCUUUGCUGUAAAAUCGCUUGUAUGAAAUGAUUUCAAUCCCACAUCUACCUUUCCUCCUGCAAAAUUCGCUAUUGAUGAGUUCCAGACGGUUGAUUUCAAGCAUGCAAUUUGCAUUAAACUGCCAUUAACCGUUUUUUUCGUCGUCCAAGGAGCAUAAAUGCCGUAAUCGGGGCAACCUUCCAGAAUAAUUGAUCUCAGUCCAAGCUAGUAUCCACUGAACUAAUAAAAAACAGACGUUUCAGGGCUCAAUGUGCCGCAUAGUGAAACGCUUUGACAAAGCCUGAGAAAGAGAGGCUAUCACGAGAAUAGACGGGGAUUUGCCACAAUUGAAUUAAAGGGCAGAACAGCUUGUUUCCCUCCGUUUGUAAAAGGAUUCCGCAGCGCCAGUGAAGCUAUAGAGCCUAAAGUCACUCCUUGACCCUUUGAGGACCGAGUUUUUUUUGGCUGAGGCCGGAUCAUGACCACCUCCAAUAUUGACAUACAUUUUUCAUGUGGUACACCUAAUGGC